AUGCCGAGAAAAGAGCCAAAUCAAGAUAAACUCAAGACUAUGAUCAAAGAUCAUAUUGAGAACUCUAAGGUUGUUGAUACUAUUAAGGAUUUUAUCUCUAAGGAUAGGAAUCUCACGGUUGACGAUAAGAACGCUAUUAUACAAAAACUGAAGGCUGAAGGGAUCCUGAGUCAUAUUCUCCGCUCAAUCCCCACCACUAAGGUUGACCCAGACAAGAAGGUUGUAGCUGGUAUAAAUGUUAAAUAAAUCUGAAGAAAGAGAUAUUCCUCAUAAAGAUCUCCUUGAUAAAAAUAAAAAAUAUGUCGUUUGAAAAAUCAAUAAAGGAGCUUCAUUUGUAGACUUUGUCAGUCCUCAAGAUGAUGAAUACUUAAAAGUUACAGUGAGUUUUAUGGAUCAAAGAUAUUCUUCGGAUCCAGUUCCUGCUACAACUGAUCCCGUCUUUGAUUUUACAGUUUGAAUGGAAAUUCCAGCUCACCUUGAUCCAGCUAGCUUAUUGACUGCAUCUAUUCCUUUAAUAGUAGUGAUCCAGAAACAGAAAAUCGAAGAAAGAGCUGUAGUUUUAUCUACUGAAAGAAUUGAUUGGAGAGACUUAUUAUCUCACAACUCGGUGGAAAUGGUCAAAGAAAUGCAGCCCAUCGAUCUGAAACAUAGAGGGUCUCUUGGUGUGUUGUAUAUUGACCUUGACCUCCAUCCUUAUCUGACAAAAGACAGCCUAUUAACAGCUACUACAGUGAGAAAACAACAAGAUGCAGAGAAAAAGUUUGAAUCCGAAGCACAUCAACAAUUCUUAAAUUAUGCAAAGACUUGGUACUCUGAGUUCAAAGAGAUCAGAGCUAGUCAUACUAAAAGAUUAGUAAAGAUGUUUGCAGAGACAGAUGACAGAUCCAGCAUCUAUACUCCUAUUUGUUCACUGAUUUACCCUUUGAUAGCCCCUAAGAUGAUAGAUUCUCCUCUGCAUGCUUCUAGAUUUGUUUCAUUGAUUCCUUUCCAGAGAAUCGAGGAUUUCAAUAGUGAUAGACUCGAGAUCUGGCAUAGCAUGCAAGCCUUUCUUUCUAAAGGUUGAGGAGACACAGAAGAUCACUCUGUUCUUCUAUGAAACCUUCUUCUAGGAUUUGGAAUGGAUUCAUAUGUCUGCAUUGGCACCAAUACAGAAGGAUCUCACACUUGGGUGAUGACUAUAGAUACUUCUACUGGUAGAAAGACUCCAUCUAUAACUAUUUGGGAAGCCCUCACUGGUCAAAGAUUUAAAUUAGGGGAUGCAAGAGUUAGUAAAUUCUACAGAACUUUAGGAUGAAUGUUUAAUGACAAAUGAUUUUAUGCCAAUAUUCAGCCUAGUGAUCUAGUUAAAGAUACAAUAUUUGACUUUGAUGAUGAUUCACUCUGGAAAUCGAUGGAAAUUUCAAUGAUAAAAUCCUUACCAAAAGUUCCUAUUGCAAAUUUAAUGCCAAGCAAAUUAGACAUAAUUGAUGAAGAAAAAGCUCUUGAGAAAGCAUUAAAAUCUAAAAUCUCGGGACUUCGGUUCUCUGAAUGAGGUCUAAAAUCAAAAUAUGAUAAGAAAAUGGAAUAUAUGUUAAGUAUCCCACUUCAUAACUAUGAACUAGAGCGUUUGGGGUCGAUGACUUUCUGAACCUCUGAGUUUCAAAGCAGCGUAAAAAAUUAUGUUCCAGAAAACCAUACCUUCAAAGCUUUUCCGAUUCAAUUCAAUCACUUUGAUAUUAACAAGAUGAUACUUGCCUUAUUCAAAAACAAGGUUGCUUAUGACAUCAUCACUGCGAAAGGUGACCAGGUUCAUCAUGCUGUUAGGAUUAAGAUAGUGUCUUAUCCUGACAAUGUCUGUGCUAUCUGGGUCAUGAUUGCAGUCAGGUACAAACAACUUCGUGAACAAUAAUUCAAUUCCUA